UUCUUCAUUCUUCAACGCAAUUUCUUACCACUUUCUCACUCUUUCAUCAAUGGCUGAGAAAUCAACCAUGUCUGAACCAUUCGUCGGUGACAGUGGAGGAGUAGCACUGGAGAAGAAGUUGAACCAAGAAGAGGAACUCAGCCACGGCGCCGUCGUCGUCGGUGACAGUGAAGGAGUACUGGAGGAGAAGAAGAAGCAAGAAGAACAAGAGGAUCAACUGAGCCACCGCGUCGUCGUCCACUCUCCUUCUCAACAGAAACUGAAUCAUCGUGAUCUGCGACUCAUGGAAGAAAUCUUGAACACCGUUGGUGCUCUCAGCUUCGCCAUUGCGCUCGGCAUCGUAAUCGGAGCGAUUUUCGAGAACAAAACGAUAGAUGGAAACCUCUCUUUGUCUCUGGCGUUGUUCAUCAUCUCCACCACCCUUGCCUUUCUGAUGGAUCUCAAGAAACGCCACACUGCCAUUUAUAUCAGUUCUUUCACCAUCACCACUGCUCUUGGAUGGGGGAUUCUCGCCUUCGCUCUCAUCGUGAACCACCGUAGCAGCAGCGGCUCCGCUUUCACUAUUGGAGAUCUGGAGAUGUUCUUCCGCUCAUGUAUCAUUGCUAUCCCCCAAUGGAUUCUUAAUGCUGCUUUUAAUCUUGCUAAUUAGAACAAGUUUGUUAGGGAUUAAACAAAUUAAUUAAGCUUAAUUGCUUAAUUUCUGUAGGAAAUGCUAGCUAUCCUUUUGUUUUCCAUGAAUUAAUGCAACCUUUGGUUUUCCAUAUUAGUAGUGCUACAUAUUACUAUGUCAUUUUCUUUAUGGAAA